AUGGCCGCAUCGGCGAGCGAAGUAGACAUGACUCCCGAAGAACUGCUAGGACCGGAAACACAUCGAAUGAAGCGCAAGAACACAAGCGAGGUUGAGCAGGAUGGUCGACCCGCCACACAGCCCCCCACGAACGGUUUCUCGACACCUCCUGCUGCUUUUCCACCCGGAUCAGACACGAUAUUGAGUACUUACAAACGGGUUCCCGAUGUUGACCGCUACAUGAUGCUUGAAAUGACUCAGUGUUAUCUUGAGAACCCUCAGUUCAGAGCUAUGGUUGCCCGCUUUCUUAGUCAGAAUCCACGCCGGCCAUUCCGUUUCCUGGAUCUGCCAACGGAGAUCAGGUCCGUGAUAGCCCGUUACGUCCUUAAGUAUGAUAUGCCUUUGGAGUUUCGCUGGUUGACUUAUAAACCGACGGAGAAAAAGGGUACCUUCCCAGGACUAAGCAGGCUUACUGCACUCUCGCGCACAUCCAAACAGCUCCAAGCUGAGCUUUCGAGCAUCGUCUGGACAGUCAAUACUUUCCAGUUCGGUAUCACCUUGACUUUGGGCCUUAACACCGACACCUCUUUGCGGAGGCCGACACAGCAUGAGGCCAUGGAAGAGGCAAUUCGAUUCUUCAUCCGCAACGCGCAACCUCAGAACCUGAAGUCCGUGUUCCUCUCGAUGGACACGUAUUGCUACGAUCCCACUUUUGGACCUAUGGCAUUGAAGACACACAUUCAAGCCAUCUCGGGUCUUGUGAACAUCAUACCUGAUGCAAAGUGGAAGGUGAUUGACUCCUAUUGGGCAAUAAUGGAUAUCAGGAAGAAACUAGACCAGCGGAGGGUUGAGCGUUUCGCUGAAUUUGGCAAGAAGUUGGCAGGCACUUUUGCUCACGAUGAUAUCUCCAGCAUCCCACGAGCGUGGAAAUUGUACCCCCAUAUCUGUGGCUCUUCUAUAGAAAAGACUAAGCAGAAACUGAUUGCUGCCGGUGUGGAAGAGGCCAGCAAGUGGAUCGAUGAUGGUUUGUGA